AUAACACUGAACCUUAACCACCCCACCCCCUACUUCCUGACAUGGGUUCAUACAAAUAUAGAAAGUUUCUCUCAGACUUUCUCAUGUGCCGUUAAUAAUGGAACGUAUGACUGCUUUUCUCAUAUAUUUAUGUCUAAAUCAAGUGUCUUGUGCUCUGACUCAUGUGUUUGUGAAGAAGGGAGAUGAUGUUGUUCUGAAUGUCACAGAAACUGAUGUGCCUGAGGAUUUUUCACUCCUCACAUGGAGAUUCAGUACAGAUGAUGUCUUAGUGUCAUUUGAUUCUGGUCCACAACCAAAAAUCAGGGAUAAAUACGCUGGAAGAGUUGAGCCUGAUGUGAACAAAUUCUCUGUUAAACUGAAGAAUCUACAAAAGUCAGACAGUGGAGUUUAUGCUGCACGACUGAUAGCGGCUCGAGAAAAAAUAGUAGCUGAAUACAACGUCACAGUUCAAGUGUCCUGUGCUGUGACUCCUGUGUUUGUGAAGAAGGGAGAUGAUGUUCUUCUGAAUGUCACAGAAACUGAUGUUCCUGAGGAAUUUAUAGCCCUCAUGUGGAAAUUCAGUACAAAUGUCUUAGUGUCAUUUGUUCCUGGUCAAGAUCCAACUAUCAGGGCUAAAUAUGCUGGAAGAGUUGAGCCUGAGGAGAACAAAUACUCUGUUAAACUGAAGAAUCUACAGAAGUCAGACAGUGGAGUUUAUACUGCACGACUGACAGUGGAUCAAGAUAACACACUAGCUGCAUACAACAUCACAGUUCAAGAUCCAGUCUCUCCAGUCAGGUUGAUGGUGGACUCUGUGUCCAGCAGAUCAGACUCCUGUAACCUCACAGUGACCUGCAGCGCAGUGGACUCCGACUUCAGCCACAUUUUUAGAUGUGACAAUAAAGCCUGCUAUCAAGAGGGAGGAGAGAUCACAAAAUCUGAUACUUCUUUCCAGGUCUACCCACAGGAUGAAUCAAUUAUCUGUAACCAUAGCAACCAUGUCAGCUGGACCAAACACAUGAUAAAGAUUCAGGAUCACUGCAUCCAACAUGGUGAAAAUCGCAAUCAUUAUAUUCUCAUAUGGAUUGGUGUUGCCCUUGCUACUUUCCUUCUAAUUACUGCUGUUCUAAUAUAUCUACGAAGGAGAAGAACAUAUCACAGAGAAAAGAUUGAAAACACAAUAUACACUGUUCCUGAGCUUGAAACUAUCCAAACUAAUGGUGAGAGUUCAGCACAUGAUGAACCAGGUCCUUCUCCAACCACCACCUACAGCACGGUGGGAUUUCACAAUAGGAAGGAUUCUACUGAGACUAAAAGAAACCCUCAGCCAGAGACCGUGUAUGCACAGGUACAAAAGCCCAGCAAGACCUGAGGAACAACUGCUAGAACUGAACUUGGUAUAUUUUCCUAGGAGUUUUUCCUAAACAUUUCUGUACUUUGUUGAUUAAUAAAACUGUACAUUUAUGUAAAAGUUACAACAGGACAAUCAGAAGUAUGACCCAUUAACAGCUGAUAACCUUCAUAAACCUAGAUGACUGACUAAAAAAAAACAACAUUUCACAAGUAUUAAGUGUCAUUUUCUGAAGUAUAAUCGUAUCUGCAUGUCAGCAGUGUAGCCAGAACAAUGUCUGAAUUUUGUUCAUGAGAAUAAGAGAGACUAAAUAAUUUCCUUAGCAAGGUUUUCUUGGAUCUGACACAGAUCAAUAAGUUUUCUUACUUUUAGUACUCAGGAUUGAGCCUGUAUCUCAUAUUUUACAGUUACAAAUGUUUAGAAACCAGUUAAACUCAAUACUGAACGUAACAGACAGAAAUCUUUUAGUUGUAACUAUUGAAAUUCAGAACUAAGUUUCAUUUUCAGUUUCUGGGAAAAAAUAGUCUGAAGUGAGUUUUGGAUGAUAUAUGAAAUACAAGAAACUGUGAGGACAUAACAUUGUGACAUCAUCAUUAUUUAUAUUUCUUAAACCUAGUUUAUGUGCUAUUUUUUCCCGCAUUUAGGAGAUCUGAUGAAUGUGCGUUAGCAACCGCAGCUUUAAAAUGGCAGCUUCUGCUAAUAAACACAACUGUGUACCUCCUUAUUUCCAAAGAACAUGUUUUUUUAUAUAUAUAUUUCAGCGCCUGCUUAAUAUGAUGCUGAAUGAAAGAAACAGAAUGUUACUUUUGUUUUACAUAUGACUGUUUCAAAAUAUAUUAAAGUUUUUAAAUGACA